CUUAUUGCUGUGAUGGCUUUUAAACAUGCACUCUGACUAAUCUGACUCUCUGCAUGCACAUUUCCUAGCUGGUUAAAUAUUUUAUUUUUGUAAACAUUAAAUGCAUUUUGGGAAAACAGUACAAUUUAGAGUAAGCUUCAUUCAUAAAUAUGAACAUGCAAAUCGAUUUGUGGACUUAGAAAAUGGAUUUGGAUGGUCAAUUAGUGCCUGAGGAUCUUUGAGCUGAAUUGGGACACGACCACGUGGGUGUAAACAUGCCAGAAAUCUUUAUAUCAGCCCACCACUGAGCUCUCACAUCAGUCACGGUUACAUAAGCAGAGAGACAGAGAGAGAGAGAGAGAGACAGAGAGAGAGAGAGGAGCAGUGACAGAGACAGAGGUAGAGAGAGAGUGAGAGAGAAGGAGACAGACGGAGAGAGGGAGAGAGAGAGAGAGAGAAGAGACAGGGGGAGAGAGAGAGAGCGAGAAAGAGAAGGAGACAGAUGGAGAGAGAAAGAGAGAGAGAGAGAGAGAGAGAGAGAGUUGUCUGUCACCUAGCUGUCUGCUUCCACAUUUGGUCCCUCAGUUGCCAUAGCAACAGCCAUUAGUCAUCAUUUUAUUCCGAAAACAUAGUUCGAGUUUGAGCUGUUUUUAGAAUAGGAUUAAAUCCCCCUUUUUCCUACAAAGGUUUUACUUCCUCUCAGCUCGCUCAUGAAAGAAGAUGUAAUAAAAGUUUAGUGUAGUACGCAAAGUUAAGUAAAGAGGAGCAGGACGUUGAGAUGAACUCGGCAAGAAGAUUCGGUGCAAAGAUGGCGGUACUGAUUUGAGGGAUCUGGAUUUGGGGUUAGCUUGUGAAAAACCUUUAAUCCUGUAGAAACUAAUUUUCUAGCUUUGAGCUCAUUUGAAGCUUAUCUUUGUUGCUGUGCUGCAAUGCUUGCCAGAUGAGAAGGAUGGAGAUUAAUUCCAGGUCUUCAUAGCACAUGGCUCCUUUCUCAGAAACAUCUUGCUCUUUAAACCCAAACACAUAGGCCUGUAGUAGAGAUACUAACGCUUCUGGUUUGAAAUUCUCUGUAUAAAGUUUGCUGUGUGCUUCUCUUCUGUCUUGAAGUUAUAUAUUCAUUAUAUAUUACAGAUCGAACCUUACAUUGUGACUUGGUUGAAAGGUCGCUGAGUAUGUGUACACGCACAGGAGAUGGUAUUUGGACUUAGUAGCAGUCGUACAAGACCACUCUGACUUAAUAUUAUUUAUUUGAUUAAAAGGUCCAUUAAUUAAAAAGUGUUUUACAAGGCAAGCACCUCUCUGCUCUGUGUUAAUAAAUAAUAUAUAAAUAUUCUAUAUCUAAAAUAGCUGGGAUUACAGUACAUGUUCAUUUGUGUUGAAAUUAGCUUAUUUCAGAGUAGUCUUUUUGUUUUGGAAGUGGUGUAGAUGUUGUUACUGGGACACUUUGUAUAUGACCUUCAUUUACAGUGAGCACUCUGUGUGUAACUGUGUGUGUGUGUGUGUGUGUGUGUGUGUGUGUUUGGGACCUCCUACAUCUUCAUUGCUAAAAUGAAAAGAGAAAGCUCCCAAGUGCAGUUUGUAUACUGAUGUAGUCCUUCACAUCUUCUCCACUGAAGCCUUCAUGAAUAUUCAUGUUACAGCGCUUAUCCAGAAGCCCCCGCUCUCUCCCCAUCACGUGAUGCGAAAGACAAAAACGCACUCUCAUAUUUUCAAACACUUGACUGUGGAGAUUUCAAGCCUGUUAGGCUGUAUUUUCUUCUCUUUGUUCCACUUUGCCAGUCUCCAUCAGCGUCCACAAUUGGUGCCUUUGUUGCUUGGAUGAGAGGGGACAUUCUUCCAGAGGGAUGAUUUUUCUCGUCUCCGCAGGCCCUGGCACUGCACAUGUCUGCCCCCGCACCGGCCUCAGUGCCAGGCUGGAGUCCCUCUCAAGCUGACAGACGCAUACAAGCACUGGAAAGAGACAGGACGUGCGCAUGGUCUAUCCUUGACACAAUGGAAAUGCUCAACUGCUUACAGCAUGUUCAGCAUGUCCUCCUGAACACAUAAUGACCAUAUGAUGACCGUAUGUCCCUCAUCAUUAGCUGAUGGCAUGACAUAGAGCAGGACUUGGACAUGCCGAGGAGACGAGACGUCCUUGCGCUAGUGCUGAUUGUGCUGCCAUGGACUUUACUCAUCAGCAUGUGGCAUCAGGGUCCUGUCACGCCGCAGCCCGUCACACACAAGACUUUAAUUAUUACUCCUCUCAUAGAUGGUAGGAAUGAGGUCAUCAAUGUACGAAGAAAUCACCUCAAAGAAAAAUGUGUCACAGACACCAGCGUCCUCCGUGAACGUGUGUAUGGGCGUCCUCCACCGUGGUCCGACCUGCUGCCCACUAUCCACGUCAUCACACCCACCUACACCCGAGCCGUGCAGAAAGCCGAGCUCACGCGCCUCACCAACACACUCCUGCACGUCCCUAACCUGCACUGGAUCGUGGUGGAAGAUUCUCCACGCAGGACGCCACUCGUCUCCAGACUGCUGAGGAGCUCCAGCCUCAAUCACACGCACCUGAAUGUGGAGACGCCGCGCACUCACCGGAUGCGCAGGGAGGCGAGGGGCAGCCGUGUACCACGUGGAACAGUGCAGAGGAACCUCGGGCUGCGCUGGCUCCGAGAAAAUCUUGGCAAUCGAGCCCGGCAUCAGGGGGUUGUGUAUUUUGCUGACGAUGACAACACGUACAGCCUGGAGCUGUUUGAGGAGAUGCGUUCGACCCAGAAGGUCUCCGUCUGGCCCGUCGCCUUCGUAGGCGGCCUACGUUACGAGUCGCCUAAAAUUAACACCCUGGGGAAAGUGUACGGCUGGAGCACCGUGUUCGACCCCCGUCGGCCGUUUGCGAUCGACAUGGCAGGGUUCGCCGUCAACCUCCAGCUCAUCCUCAGUAAACCUCAGGCCUAUUUUAAGCUGAACGGAGUUAAAGGAGGAUACCAGGAGAGCAGUUUGCUGGGGGAGCUGGUCACUCUCAGCGAGCUGGAGCCCAAGGCUGAUAACUGUACAAAGGUGCUGGUGUGGCACACUCGGACUGAAAGACCUGUGCUAGUGAACGAGGGGAAAAAGGGCUUCACUGAUUUCAACGUGGAGAUAUGAAUAAUAUGAGGUAUUUAAAUAUUGAUCCCUUACCUGUAUCCUCAAAGCAUCACAGCACAUAAUGUGGGACGUUGCAAUAAUGUUUUAAGAUAAAAGUUGCACUGCACUGACUGGACAUCGUACAAAGCCACGGAAUAAACAGCUCACAAGCACUACUGAACUUCCACUAAGCUUUACAAGCAUUUUCCAGCCGCUGUUUGGUAUCUGGACGGAUCUCUGUUUUCUCGUACUGAGGAUCAGCGGCAGAAGAAAAAGGCCGUUGUUCGGUGUGAGUCAGCUCUGAGCAAUAGUUUCAUUAUCACAGCGAUUGUGAACGUCAUCUUUAUCCGAGACACACUGCGCCAUUCAGGUCUAAAUGACAAAUACUUUUGUUUGGUGUUUUUUUUUUUUUCAGAAUGUCCACUGAGCAAUGUCGACUGAGCUAUUUCGAUCUUGGGAUAAAAUCUCGACACAGAACAGAAGCCCAUGGAUAAAAAGUCAGUGUAAAAAAAAAUGUUUGGAGUCACUUACAGGUGACUUAAAAAGCCUGUGCACACACAGAAUCCUUCACACAGGUUACACACACUGCAUGUAUUACCACUUACACCUGAAUGCAAAAGUUUGCACACCCCUAGGACAAAAUGAACCAUUUUUGAACAAGAAGACAUUUACUUUGUUUAGUUUCAUCAGUAUUACUUCAUUAUCACACGUAAUGAAAAUUGUACAGUAAGAUAUAGAUUUAGUGCAGACCUAGGGACAGAGAGCGUCAUGGCGAAACCUUCAGAAAUAUUUAUAUGUUGAUUUUGUCGUAUGAUUUAUGCUUUGUAUGUGCGUUGUGUUCUUGCAGAUUCAGUCCACAUUUUAUUUUUAACAAAUUGAAUUUAUUAAAUGUUUUUAAAAUGAAAUAAAUAAUGUAAUAAUGA